AACAAGCUAGCACAGAUGGAAGAGGCUCCACUUUUUCCUGGAGAAUCAAUCAAAGUGAUUGCUAAAGAUGUUAUGUAUAUCUGUCCAUUCAUGGGUGCAGUCAGUGGUACACUAACAGUGACAGACUUCAGGAUGUUUAUCAAAAGUGUUGAAAGGGAUCCACCUUUUGUUGUGGAUGUUCCCCUUGGAGUCAUAAAUAGAGUUGAAAAAAUUGGAGUACAGAGCCACGGAGACAACUCGUGUGGUAUAGAAAUAGUUUGCAAGGAUAUGAGAAAUCUGCGGCUGGCCUAUAAACAGGAGGAGCAGAACAGAUUGGAGAUUUUUGAAAACCUUGUAAUACGUGCAUUUCCUGUUUCGAAUGGGCUGCCUCUUUUUGCAUUCAACUAUAAAGAAAAGUUUGCUGUUAAUGGCUGGAAAGUGUAUGAUCCAAUGGCAGAAUAUAAGAGGCAGGGCUUGCCCAAUGAAAGUUGGAAAAUAUCCAAAAUUAACAGCACCUAUGAGCUUUGUGAUACAUAUCCUGCAGUUCUUGUUGUGCCAACCAGCGUAAAGGACGAUGACCUCUCAAAAGUGGCAGCAUUUAGAGCAAAAGGCAGAGUUCCAGUUUUAUCCUGGAUUCAUCCUGAAAGCCAGGCAACAAUAACACGAUGCAGUCAGCCAUCAGUAGGCCCAAAUGAUAAGCGCUGCAAAGAAGAUGAAAAGUAUUUGCAGACAAUAAUGGAUGCCAAUGCUCAGUCACAUAAACUUAUCAUCUUUGAUGCCAGACAGAAUAGUGUUGCAGAUACAAACAAGGCAAAAGGUGGAGGAUAUGAAAGUGAAAGUGCCUACCCAAAUGCAGAGCUGGUCUUUCUGGAAAUUCACAAUAUACAUGUGAUGAGAGAAUCCCUGCGUAAACUGAAAGAAAUAGUUUAUCCUACUAUCGAUGAGACUCGGUGGUUGUCAAAUGUGGACUCAACGCAUUGGCUGGAAUAUAUAAGGAUGCUUCUUGCUGGAGCAGUGAGAAUUGCAGAUAAAAUUGAAUCUGGUAAAACUUCUGUAGUGGUUCACUGCAGUGAUGGCUGGGACAGAACAGCACAGCUCACGGCACUGGCUAUGCUCAUGCUGGACAGCUAUUACAGAACCAUCAAGGGGUUUGAAGUCCUUAUAGAGAAAGAGUGGAUAAGUUUUGGACACCGAUUUGCAAUGCGAGUAGGACAUGGAGAUGAUGAUCAUGCUGAUGCAGAUAGAUCUCCCAUUUUCCUGCAGUUCAUCGACUGUGUUUGGCAGAUGACAAAGCAGUUUCCUGCAGCCUUUGAAUUCAAUGAGUUAUUUUUGAUCACCAUUCUGGAUCAUCUUUACAGCUGUCUCUUUGGGACUUUCUUAUGUAACUGUGAAAAAGAGAGAUUAAAAGAGGAGGUAAGCACAAAGACUGUGUCACUGUGGUCCUAUAUAAACAGCCAGUUAGAUGAGUUCACAAAUCCUUUCUACGUGAACUAUGAAAACCAUGUCCUGUAUCCUGUUGCCAGUCUGAACCAUUUGGAGCUAUGGGUGAACUACUACGUCAGGUGGAAUCCAAGGAUGCGGCCUCAGGUUCCAAUCCAUCAGAAUCUUAAAGAGCUCCUUGCUAUCCGGACAGAGCUGCAGAAGAAGGUGGAAGAUUUGCAAAGGGAAGCUGCCACACGAUCCAUUUCUUCCUCCUCUGAUAGAGGUUCAUCUCCUUCCCAUUCAGCCACACCAGUGCACACCUCUGUGUGAUGUGUAACAAAAGCCAUGUGAAAAAAAUUUGUGUCAGGUGAUACAGAGAGGAGGGUGAAAUGCUUUUCCCAUCACAAAAGGAUUGUGAGUGACUUGUAAUUGCUAUGAUCUACAUGCCUUACUCUGUGUCUGAUAUUAUCAUGAUGAGGCCAAAAAGAGCUUCAAUAGAUGUGAUGUAUUUUCUUGUUGGCAGUUCCCACAUGUGUUUUGACAGCUCUAGCUAAAUCACCAAUUGUGAAAUUAAACUUUGUUUUGAACAACUAACAAUUUAACCAUCCUAAAAGAGAAUCCAUCUGCCAAGCAGACAGAAAACUGCCACUCCUGCUGCCUAGGGUACCAUGCCUGGAUGAGAGAAUCAGACAAGACACCACGUGAUGCUUACACAGAGCACAGAACGUUUUUCUGAAUGG